UCUCCUACCUGCCUACCUAUAUAUAGCAGUCGCGAAAACCGAGGCUCGUCUCCACUCCCCGCUCCUCCCAGCGAGCGAAUUCGGUGCUGCUGCUAGUGAGCACACCAGCAGCUUCCGGACUCUUCGAACGCCGCGCGGCCAUGGCGGGGUCGCUCCAGAUGCCCUCCUCUCUCUCCCUCCGAAGCGAUCGCCGCUCCUCUCCGAGUUCCUCAUCCUCAUCGCUCUUCGGCCGAAGGAUCGGCUCGAUCGCGCAUUGCGGCGAGACGAGGAGCAGCCGAAGAAGGACGGAUGUCGGCUUCGCCCCGGUUAGGGCCACCAUCAACUCUGUUCUCAAUGACGUCGCCAAGGAUUUCGUGCCGAAGCGUCCGCUCCGGGCGCCGAUGACAGAGAAGCAGCUGGCCGAUCCCAAGUCGGUGGCGUCGAUCAUAUUGGGAGGAGGAGCAGGGACUCGCCUCUUCCCUCUCACCCAGAAGAGGGCCAAACCAGCGGUGCCAAUUGGUGGCUGUUACAGGCUUAUUGAUGUUCCAAUGAGCAAUUGUAUUAACAGCGCAAUAAAUAAGAUUUACAUUCUGACCCAGUUCAACUCUCAGUCUCUCAAUCGCCAUCUUGCUCGGACAUAUGAUUUUGCUAAUGGCGUGAACUUUGGAGAUGGGUUUGUGGAGGUACUAGCAGCUACUCAAACACCUGGUGAAUUCGGAAAGAGGUGGUUUCAAGGAACUGCCGAUGCUGUUAGACAGUUCAUAUGGAUAUUUGGGGAUGCCAAGCUCAGGCAUAUAGAAAACAUACUUAUUUUAUCUGGCGAUCAUCUAUACCGAAUGGAUUACAUGGACUUUGUGCAGAAACAUAUGGAUUCUGGUGCUGAUAUUUCUGUCUCUUGUGUCCCCAUGGAUGACAGUCGGGCCUCUGACUUCGGAUUGAUGAAGAUUGACAACGCAGGUCGUAUCACUCAGUUUCUUGAAAAGCCCAAAGGCAAAAGUUUAGAGACAAUGCAAGUGGACACAACAAUUUUAGGGUUGUCACCUCAAAAUGCACGGAAAUACAACUAUAUUGCAUCGAUGGGGAUAUAUAUUUUCAGGACUGAUGUCCUGCUGAGUCUUUUAAGAAACCGCUAUCCAACUGCCAAUGAUUUUGGAUCAGAGAUUAUUCCCAUGGCUUCCAAUGACUAUAAUGUACAGGCUUAUUUAUUUGACGGCUACUGGGAGGACAUUGGAACAAUAAAAUCUUUCUUCGAUGCAAACCUGGCUCUCACUGAUGAGAAUCCCAAGUUUCACUUUUAUGAUCCUUUGAAGCCAAUCUUCACAUCACCUAGGUACUUGCCCCCAACUAAGACAGAGAAGUGCAGGGUCGUGAAAUCUAUAAUUUCACAUGGGUGCUUUUUAAUGGAGUGCAGUGUUGAACAUUCCAUUAUUGGUGUCCGCUCACGGUUAGAAUGUGGUGUGAAGCUUGAGAACACCAUGAUGAUGGGAGCAGACUAUUACCAGACUGAGGCAGAGAGAGCUGCUUGCCUAGCUAAAGGAAAAGUGCCAGUUGGCGUUGGAGAGAACACCAAGAUUCGGAACUGUAUCAUUGACAAAAAUGCAAGGAUUGGGAAAAAUGUCGUCAUCACAAAUUCUGACAGUGUGGAAGAGGCCGACAGGCCGUCAGAAGGUUUCUACAUUCGUUCUGGGAUCACUGUGGUAUUAAAGAACUCUGUCAUUCCAGAUGGUACAGUUAUCUAGGCUUUGGAAGCAUAGUACCUGGUUCUUCUAUCAUCAAUUUUCAAAAUCUCAAUGGUUAGAGACUCGAAAAGUUGUUGACUUUUAUCACCAAGGCAUCUGAUUUUGCGGUUCAUAUGUUGUGACGAUCUUUGCUGUUAGUGAUGACAUAUUGGACAGCUGAUCAUGAUUGCUGUGUAACAUAAUAACCAUUGACCAGCAUGCUUCAUCCUGCUCUUUGUAUAGCUUCUUUUUUUUUUUUUUUUUCUUUUUUACGGCAAAAGUGAUGUGAAGAAUAAGAAAGAACAACCCAAAUGUGUUGAUCUUGUUGCUUUUUAUUGUGAUACAUUUUAUUA